AUGGCCUUAGGCAAGUCUCAAAGGCAAUGUUAUGCUAAGAUUUCCUCUCCUCUUCAAUCUAAAGGUUUUCAACCUAGCAUGAAUGACUAUUCCUUGUUCAGAAAAUUAAAGGGGUCUCAUCUCACUAUAGUAGUUGUUUAUGAGGAUGAUAUCUUGUUAGCCGGGGAUGAUAUGUCUGAGUUGACUACUUUCAAAGAAUUCUUAGAUGAUCAGUUUAAGAUCAAAGACCUUGGUGAAGUUCACUAUUUCCUUGGGCUUGAAAUUGUCAAAAUGCCUCAAGGCUACUUGAUCAGUCAACAUAAAUUUGCUUUGGAUUUUCUUUCUGAUAUUCACUGUUCUGCUGUCACACAUGUGGUAGCCCCCUUAGACUCUCAUGUCAAGCUGUCAGCUGAGGUUGGGGACUUGCUACCUGAUCCAUCUAUCUACAGGAAGUUGGCGGUGUCUUGGAAGUCCAAAAAGCAACCUACUCUUGCUUUGUCAUCUGUUGAAGCAGAGUAUAUGCCUCUUCGCUUGUUGGUAGCUGAAGUUACCUGGGUGGUUCGAUUACUGGCUGAGUUGGGUGUGGAUAAUCUCAGCUAG